ACAAGAGAUUUUAGGAGGUAAUGCAAGCCAUGGCUGAAACCACCAUCAGCUCACUACCAGCAAAGUGCAGUUCAGAGGCACUUUGUGACUUACCCCAUUUAGGCCAGGACAAGUAUUUCAUCCCAGGUGGCUAGUGAGGAAAGCUAUAAGUCUGCAAGGUUGUACUCGUACAUUUUGCCUGCCCUGAACUACUGCUAGAAACAGCAUUUCCUCAGUUCCUAUAAGCUCUGGCUUCCACUUUAGAGCUGCUCUAAGGAGUCCACGCUCCUCCUCCAGCUGCCACCUCAACUUCAUCUACCAAAUGACUGUUUACAGCUUGAAUGAAGGGUUACAGAGGACCAACAUAUAGAAUUCUUAGUUCAGUCCUCUAAAUAAACAGUCCCAGAUAUGUCAAGGUCAGCUCUGAGGUCCUCAAAAUCUGGGGUAUUGUAAGAUACAUAAAUAAUAAGGCUCUUCAAAUCCCAUCUGGUGGGACAGGGAUGCAAGGGCUUUGAACUGCAGGCAUGAGAUCAGCACAUUAACAUCCAAAGAUACUCAUGAGCGCUGAGAGGAAGUGCUUCAAAACUAGGCCAUCUGAAGUUUACAUACUUUGACUGCUUUCUAUGAAAGAUUUUUCCUGUUUAAUCUCAUAACCUUGCACUUUAACAGUUACCAGUUAAAGCAGAGGGCACAGUACUGAUCAGACCUAACAACUGCUACUUUGCUCUUAACAAACACAUCAACAAGGGGGAUGAAGUGCUUGUUCCUAGACAUUGUCACAUAUCAGACAUUUGUGUAUACAAAAAGGGCAGCCAUAACAUUUAGUGCUAUUUUAAAGUGCUCUAAAGAUCCAAACAAAGUAUUUAAUUUGCUAGCAACAUAACCAGUCCUUGAGAUGGAUAGCAGUUGCCAUUGAGUAUAUGCCAUAUCUAAUCAAUCACAACUUUGUACUUUCAUAUUGAAGAAAUCACAUCCCUGUUCCUGUGAGAGUUAGGUAUGUAGUAGGACUCACUGUGCAACCUAUUAAACAUUUCUCCCCACUUUUCCAGAUGAAAUUAAAGGGCACAGCUUGGGUAAGCAUUAGGCAAACUCCACAUUCUUGUCAUCAGAGACUAAUCAACUCAAGUUCUUGCUGAAUGGAUAAGCUCUUUUUACUAGGAAGCAGAUACAAAUGGAAUUUCUUUUCAAAUCAUUUUCUGUGAACUUCUGACUCCAAGUUCAGUUGUUUCUAGGAGGGCUCAUGUCAUGUCUUACAUUACCAGGAAUACCCAGAACUCCGGUUUUGGCCACCUCCACAUGAUGGGUUUUCAUGAAGGCGCAAUGGCAAGAGAGAUCAUUUACUCAAGAAGCCCAGCCGUGGCAAACAAGUGUUUCAGGAAGCACCUCUUUUCCCAGCAGAAGUAGGAAGACUCAUUUAGUUGCUACAUCUGUCACUAUUAAACCAAGUAGUAUUUUAAAAUAACAAAAUUACUCUUGGCUACAGCUUUGUUAGACAUCUCCCCAGAAGGGUCUACGGUCCUAAAAUCUGAUGACAAAACAGAAAAGCAGUUGUUUACUCUAGCAGUAACAACUGUACAUUGAAUAGCACUAUAUUUUAGGAGGAUUUGACUGUAACCCCAAAACACUCAUAAGUACUUUGAGAUGUACAGGACUGGACAAGUCUUCAAUCCUAUCAAAGUAUUCACAGCUUACUACAAGGUACCAGAGACCCUACCCAGCUACGGUCCUGCCUCUAGAUUCUGGUUUUGGCAUGCGGAUAAACACUAUUUUUAAUUAUUUGGCCUAUGAUUUUAAAUAAAUCUUUUGCAAGGACCAAAUAAAGGAAACUAGUUCUUUUCACAAGAGUAGCAGGAGCUUUUAGUUACAGAAACCUGAAGACAACCAAGACAAUCUCUCAAAAGAGCAAGCGUCAUCCUUUUGACUGGUAUUUUACUUGUUUUGCUCUCACUUACAGAAAGCAGGGCUGUUCAUUGAUGGUUGCUGUCCUCAGCAUGUAUAUUGUAAAUAUAAACAAAAUUUUAGAUUUCAGUCGUCUGAUUUGGGUACAACAUUCACCUGAUGAGAACACUGAGGCAGAAACUGUCAGAAGAUCCUGAGCAUGCACAACUUUUAAGAAAUACCACAACAGGGGUGCCCACUGUGUUGUUUUUUUUUUUUUUUAAGUUAUGACUCUAGGAUACAUGUGCAGAGAAACACUUGAGAAGGCUGGCCCUCGAACUACAAAAUCAUAGCUAUCUGCUCAGUUUUGGGUUACCUCCCAAAUUAUAGUUAUAUUGUAGUAUUUAUUACAAGCUAAUACAAUUAUAAUGGCUGACAUUAUAGAAUAAGAUACCUGAGGAAACAGAGUUGUGAGAUAUUAUCAGAUAUUUCCACUCACACACACCCGUUGAAUUUUGAAAUUGCUAGAACACCACAGCACAUCUUUGCGCCCUUUAUAUUCCAAGGCACAUCAUGUGUCCAGCUAGCAGUUUACUGGUGGGCAAUACAUAUACUUAAUAACGUUUCCAGAAUCAGUGGCACAGACCUUCUAACCACUGUAACACUCCAACCCACACAUUCCUGGAUUUCCAAAGCAUAGUUAUUAUCUGGGUGAUGCAAAGCCUCAUUGCUUGUGCACAGCUCCAGGCUAGAGCUUGAAGGGUGCCAAAACAGAUGGUGCCACUGGCACCUGAUACUGUACAGAAGAGCUUGUAUCUUUGUUAUGCUUCUGUAGGCACCAAACCUGCUCCUCUGGUUACCCAGAGCUUCUACAUCACCAUCCAGGGGAACUACGGCCUGCUCAGCCCUUGCAGAAGAACCUACUGGGCCUGGAUCAUCCUAGAGGUUUCUUUCAGAUAAGAUCAGAAAUAAUCACGCAGUUUCAGUACAGGCUGUUGCAUCACAAGAACUUUAUUCAAGAAGACAUCAUAAUUUCUGCUCGUAAACUCGCUCAUCAGCUUUCUACUAGCAAAGAGACUAAAGGAGCAGCUGGAGAGCCUGGUGAAGUCAGUGACGUGGAAGGGUUCCUAAGAGGUGGGAAGCCACAAAAAUGAAAUGGGAGACUCUCUGGACGGUUGCCUGCUUGCUGUUUGCAUCUCUACCCAGAGGUCAACCAGACACAACGUGCCAUGCGUUCGUUGGAGAAAGUGUCAUUUUGCCUUGCGCCACCACCUCUCCCAGUGAACUGGAUGUGUCCAAUUUGAUGCUCUACUGGCAGAUAGAGUCUAACAUAGUGCACUUUUUUCACAAUGGGGAAGAUAAGCCGACGUUCCAGAAUACAUAUUACAGUGGCAGAACCAGUCUGUUUUUGGACCAGGUGAAGCACGGCAACUUUUCCCUUAAGCUCUCCAAUGUCCAGCUAGAGGAUGCAGCUGUAUAUUCUUGCAUCUCUAAGCAGACUGGGAAUCAUCCCACCCCAACACAGAAAUCUAAAAUUCAGCUCAAUGUAUCAGAUCGAUCUAGCACUGGGGAGGAACAUUCCGCUUCUGGACACAGCCAGAUUUCCUCGAGAAGCCCUGGCAAUGUACCACAUCUGGAUGUACUCCUAUCUUUUCAUCUCCUGGUCACACUGUGGGGUUGGCGCUUGUAACUCGGGAAGCUUACCUCCUCUUUGGAGUUGUCCUCAACAGGAGCACCUUGCUGGAGAGAGGAGCUCUGCAAGGUUAUCGUGACAAGUGCUCCAGAACCACCUGAAAGAAACACCACCAUCUGAAAACAGAGCCAGCAGUAGGUGUCUGUGUCUCGUGUUUUGGUGUUCUGGAAAACCAAACGCAGCAGAACUCACAGGAGGCAAGCCUGCUUUUUCAACUGGAUCUUGGGAGACCAGCAUCAGUGCUGCCAGUAUGAGCAUUUUAUUCUGAAUUUUGUGAUUCUGUUUUAAUGACUCACAGAGCUACAAGGACACACGGUCGCCCUAGUGAGAUCUUUUGCCUAAGAACUCGUCUCCUUCAGGAGAGGCGCAAUUACUCUGUUAGAUAAAAACUGGAAGUAGGAAGAGGCUCACUUUGUGAAACAUGAGGAUGGAAACCUUAUGAAACUUGAGGCUGUGGAACUUCAGCUUCUAUUUUUAUCGCUGAGCGUCACGGGCAAUCAGCAGCAAUAUUUUUUUCCUAAAAAAAUGAACUACUUCUUCAUCAGAAGGGUGAAGCUGACAGAGGAAGAUGAUGAAAGUUCAGAAAACAUCAGCACAGAGGAAGGAAGUGAUGCAUUAUUACAAAAACACUUCUAACUAAGCUAAAUUCUUCAGAAGGCUGAAUUCAGCAUUUUCUCUAUUUGCUAUGAGUUGCACCUGCCAGGUGAGAGCAACGCAGCCCUCGUGGCUGAGCCCCCAGGCGGGGGAAAGUGGCUCCUACGGACACCCACUGGGUCAUUUGGAUUCGGAACAGUUCCACCCUCUUUCCAAAGGAAAGAUAGGAUUGUUUUUGCAAGGAAAGGAACAGAACAAAACAGUGCUUAAAAUGGUAUCCAUUGAGGUAAAGGAGACUGUUACCUUUGACUUUCUUUAGUCAAGGGCCCUUCCCCGUGGGAGGGGAAGAGGGAAAAUCCCGCACGCAGCCUGUGCUGCUGCUGCAAGGUGCUCAGCUGGUAACUUCGGCUGCGCUGGGUACAGAGCAGCCUAGUAUAGCUGCUGGGGUCCCACUUCACGAAAAGAUUCGAAUAUGAGAAUUGUACAUACUGUGAUCAUCUCUUUGUGUCCUGCCCUCCCACUGUGUCUCAGAUUCCAUAUAUUUAAACAAAACAAACAAACAAGAAUAAAACAACUGGUGACAGCAA